AUGGUCAAGGUAUUUCUUACUGGUGGCAGCGGCUUCAUUGCGGCCCACGUUCUCAACAUUUUGCUUGAACAUGGAUUCGAGGUAGUUACCACUGUCCGAUCCCAGCAAAAGGGCGACAAGAUUCUCGAGGCAUACCCCAAUCUCUCAAGGGACAAGUUGUCUUACGUCAUUGUCGAGGACAUUGCUAAGGAAGGAGCCUUUGACGAGGUCCUCAAGUCUGGACCAGCCUACGAUUAUGUUAUUCACACGGCUUCGCCCUUUCACUAUAACUUCACCGACCCCGUCAAGGAGAUCCUAAACCCAGCUAUCAACGGCACCAAAGGCAUUCUCAAUGCUAUCAAGACUUAUGUUCCUUCCGUGAAGCGAGUGGUGAUCACGUCUUCUUUUGCUGCCAUUACCCACGCACCCAACCACCCGAAGCUCUACGACGAGUCUGUGUGGAACCCUGUCACCUACGAGGAGGCAACCAAAGAUAACAAAUUCACCACAUACAGAGGUAGCAAGACAUUCGCCGAAAAAGCAGCAUGGGAAUUCGUGGAGAAGGAGAAGCCAAACUUUGACGUAGCAACGAUCAACCCUCCUUUUGUCUUCGGCCCAGUUAUCGGUUACCUCAACAGCCUCGAGAGCCUCAACACUUCCAACCAAAUCAUUACAGAUUUCGCCCUGGGCAAGAAGAAGAACGACAGCUCACCAACAGAGCAUAUGCUAUGGGUCGAUGUCCGCGAUGUGGCUCUCGCCCACGUCAAGGCUAUUGAAGUCGCAGAAGCCGGCGGAAAGCGGUUCUUCACAGCGGAAGGUUUCAUGAGCAACAAGGACCUUGUGGAUGCUAUUCGCGAGACACAGCCGAAAUAUGCGUCCAACCUCCCAGAUUAUGGCGAAGUCGGAGAAUUCCCUUACCAGUAUGAGAUUGACAACUCGAGGGUUCGUAAUGUUCUGGGUAUCCAAUUCAAGUCGAUCAAGGAGUCAGUUGGCGACACUCUUGCUUCGCUCGCGAAAGUGGGGCUGUAA